AUAAAAUUACCUAAAUUGGAAAGAUUUUUUUUGACAGCUGACCAAUCAGAGACCGAGAAAUUACCUACCUAAAUAUUUAGUUCCUAACAUUUCUGAACCUGCCCAUUGAAAAUGAAAUUUGGCGUGAAUAGAAAUAUAUGUGACACAUAUCAAACUCAACCAAUACAUUCACACCAAACUUCAGAUUCUUCGGAAUAAAAAAAAAAAAACUGUUCAAAUGGGAUUCCGAUUCGAAGAACAAUUCCGGAUUGCCAAUUAAAAACGCCAUAACACAGUUCUUUUUUUGACAGCUCAGUUCCCCGCUCGGGGCUAAAAAAGAAAAACGCCUAUUGAUCACACAUCAGUCACACAAAAAAAUAAAAUGCACUUUAGCAACUUGUAUUAAGUUGCUAAAAAAUUUGAAAAUUUGGUAAGUUUAUAAUGAAAAAAACUAAUUGAAACAACAUCCAAUUGGUUCUUCAAAGAAAUAAAAACAUCAAUAUGUGGGUACCUACCUUAAAUGAAAUCGAGCUCCAUUAACAAAUAUGCAAAUUUAUUUCCUUAUAAAGUAGUAGUAGUCUUUAUUAAUUCUAAAACCAAAAUUUCAAAGAAUUCAAUAUCCAGUUUUUUUUUAAUACGAAAGCAAUUUUUGUUUUUUGCUUAUAUUAAAAUUAUGGUUAUGGUUAUUAUUUCAGUAAAUGGGGCAUUCCGUGAAAAAAGGUUACUUUUUAUAAUUAGGAAAAAGAGUAAUAGAUGGGAUUUAUUGCAAUGAAAAACUUAUUUAGAGGCAGAUAACUCUUUGUCAAGAGUUAACAAGUGUUUGCUUUGCCGUCGAUUUUGACAACUGCCAAAAGUUCAACCAUACGAAAUCUGUGUAACCUCCCACAAUGACUACUUACGCUUUUUUUGACAAACGUUAGUAAACGUAAGACGGUGUUCACAUUGGCCUCAGUCAACCGACUCAUUUUGACGUAAGGCCACACCGUCGUGCUCAGACACAAAAGUAAUGUGAACACUCAACAUUCAUUUUGACGUUUGUAGUUGAUAUGACAAUAUUUACAAUUCAAAAUAUUUUUGUUUUCGAUUAAGGUUUAUUAAAGAUGAGUUCAAAUUCAAGUGAUGAUAAUGAAGCUAAUGUUUUGGCAUACAUAAGUGCAGUAAAUACCACCGCCUUAUGUAUCCUUGAAAAAAAAAAACAAAAAAAAAAAAAAACCAGAAGUGAGUGGGUGAAGCUGUGGAAGCUUAGGCGGAAGGAAAAAGGCGCUUUCCAUUUGCUCCACCAAGAGCUGAGGCUGGAAGAUAAGGACUCGUUCAGACGUUAUUUGCGAAUGAACGAGGACUGCUUCUUGGAGCUCUUAGAAAUGGUGAAAACCAGCAUUGAGAGGCAGGACACACAAAUGCGGCCAGCAAUUUCGGCCAAUGAAAGUUUAUCGUGUGUGCUACGUUUCCUGGCCACAGGGGAAUCAUACAGAAGUUUGGAGUUCCAAUCAAGAAUUUCGUUGGCAUUCCUCUCUGAAAGAGUCCCAGAGAUCUGUAAGGCGUUAUAUGAAAAUUUGCGGGGAACCUAUUUGCAAUUUCCCGAAGGUGAGCAAUGGAAUAAAAUUGCCAAUCAAUUUGAAGCUCGGUGGCACUUUCCGCUUUGUAUAGGUGCCUUGGAUGGAAAGCACGUCGCUUUCAGAGCAUCAAAAACGGAUGGUUCUCUGUACUACAAUUAUAAAGGCUUCAACAGUGUCGUUUUGUUGGCCAUGUGCGAUGCAGAAUACAAAUUUUUAUUUGUGGAUAUCGGCUGCAAUGGACGUAUCAGCGACGGAGGUGUCCUGAGUCGCAGUGACCUUGCAAGAAUCCUUUUGCAAGCCGAUAGGUUUUUACCAAGGGAUAAAGUUAUCGGCAAUAAUAGACUUUUGCCGUAUGUCAUUGUUGGGGAUGAUGCGUUUCCAUUGGAAAAACACCUCAUGAAACCCUUCCCAUAUCAUACCAACAGUGAAUCGGAAAAAAAUUUCAAUUUUCGUCUAAGCCAUGCCAGACAAACGAUUGAACAUGCCUUUGGGAUUUUAUCAAACCGGUUCAGAGUGUUGCAAUCAAAUAUACAUUUGAGACCUCCAAAAGUUAUAAAAAUCAUACAAGCCUGCUGUGUGUUGCAUAAUUUUUUAAUAACGAAAAGUGUGAAUUAUGUAACAGAGAUUAACGUCCGAUCAUCAGAAACUCCUGCAAAUGUUGAAAACGAUGAUGGACAUAGGACAAGCAAUCCUAGAAGACACAGCAACGAAGCUGGAGAAGUUCGAAACAUUUUUUCCGAGUACAAAAGUUGUUAG